CUCUGCACAGAGAUACAGACAUGACACCUACAAUCAUCUCAAAGGAGCAUCUCCCUCUCAACAACAAGUGGAGAAAGCCAAUAGUGGAGAAGAUGCGCAGAGAACGUAUCAACAGCAGCAUUGAGCAGCUCAAGUGUCUUCUGGCUCCAGAGUUCCUCAACCAGCAGUCUGAUUCCAAGCUGGAGAAAGCAGAUAUCCUGGAGAUGACAGUCAGUUUCCUGAGACACCAGCAGUCUGUUCUAGACUCCAGUUCACAUGCUGACAAUCAAGGCUUCUCCAGGUGUGUCCAUGAGAUUGUGCACUUCCUGUCCAAAGAUGAGAUGAAGACACAGAGCCAGAGAAGACUGCUGAAACACUUCCAGAACCUGCAGACAUCAUGUGAGCAGAACAGGAGGGAAAGUGUCCUGUCUCAGCUGAUCUCCUCAGACCAGAACACCUUCAGUAAAGAGAUGAAUGUCGACAAGAGCAUCAUCUGGAGACCUUGGUAGAACCUGACAGCAGCCAAUACCUCAAACAUUGAAAGUCUACAUUAGAUUUAAUGAUCUACAUGUCAUAGAUUUCCUAUUUCAGGAAAAGUGUUUGUAAUCAAAUUCCAGUUUGUAAAAAAUACUUGUAUUGCAGAGAACUGGAUACAGUGAAGACGUUGCAUUUAAAAUUUUAAUAUUUAUAUCAAAUAUGUAUGUGCAAUGCAUUUAUCACACUUUGUCUUUAACACAUCUGUUAAAAAACACAUUAUUUCUGUUUAUAGAAACCAUUUUCCAUUGAUGUUGAUGGGUUUUUACUUAUUUCAAGUACUAUUAAUUGGUGCUUCAUAUUGAAGCAAGAUUUUAUCUUGAACCCUUUGGGUGAAUAUUAUUUCUCAAUUUUGAGCAUAUUUGGACAGAUGUUGUCCAUUUUGGUAAUAGUUCCAAGUUUGAACAAGUUUGCCAUUUGUUUGUGUCCCUAUUUCUUUUAUAAAGGCAUGUAUUAUAUUGGGAACAUUACGUUUUCAACUGACUCACUUUUAUUGUAUCAAUAUACUCGUUGACAUUGCAUGUGUAA